GGCAGUACCAGCAGUUCGCAGCACCCAUCGCUGCUAUGGCUAUAGCGGAGAGAUAAGCGAAUGCGCGAAAGAAUUAUCAGCAGUUUGUACUCCGGCAGAAAACCUGUCACAUACUCUAUUUAGUGUUUCGAUUUUUUUAUCACUUUUGGCUAUACACGUGUUUUUACGAACUCGAUAUUUGUGGUUGUGAUGUGGAACUAAACUUUUGGAUUUUAUGUGUGAAAAAUAUCCAGGAUGGGUCGUGGCGCGUACCACUCUAGCAGGGCUGAAUUUUUGAGUGAUGAGGCCAUACUCAAAUACAACAGAAAUGGAGGCUGUUUCGUCACCACCAAGAAGGCAAUCGCCUUCGUCGUCUUCGCUUUAGGUUCAUUGGCCGCAGUUAUACUCGUGAUGUACUAUUAUGGCCCUAAUCGAGGGGAAAAGAUAAUCCAUGAAUCAAAUGACAUAGAAAAACUAAUAAACGACACGAUAAGCGAAGAGGUAGCGUCCCAAACUGAACUGAGGUUACCCAAAAACGUUCAUCCGACUCACUACCGGCUGUGGAUUCAUCCUUUGCUGGACGAAAAUAGUGAUAAGAACUUCACUUUCACCGGGACGGUCAAGAUCCAGAUAAACUGCACUGGAGGGACCAACAAGAUUGUCUUACAUUGGGAUGACCUUAAUAUUACUGAGACUGAUGUUAGAGUAUACACUACAAGACAGGUGGAGAUUGACUCUGAAGCGCAACCAUCAGAAACUCACAAUAUGACCAAAAGAGACAUCCAAAAUCCAACAAUCCUGGAAUCGAAAAAGGACGAUGAAUUCCCUACAACAGAGCAAGAUGAUACAACCACGUUGCAAACCGAACCACUAUUCGAGGCUACCACUGAGAUGGAUACCACUCCUCCAAUCAUAGAAGUAACCACACAAAAAAUCUUAGUGAAGAGUGAGGUCGUUGCUCUGCCUGUAGAGGAAAUACUCAAAGAUGACAAAAAUACGAAGUUGACGAUUAUCAUGAAGAAUAUUUUGAAUCAAGGCAGCACUUAUACUGUGGACAUAAAGUUUGCUGGGUUGAUCUUAGAUAACUUGGUUGGAUUGUACAAGACACAUUACGUUGAUGCUUAUGGAACACCAAAGUGGUUGGCCACAACACAUUUCCAACCAGUCUAUGCAAGAAGAGUGUUUCCGUGCUUUGAUGAACCUGGCUUUAAGGCACCAUUUGAAAUAAGCAUAGCUAGAAUGACUAAUAUGACUGCACUAUCGAAUAUGCCUCUCAAAGAAACCGAACCUAUGAAAGACAACCCAGAUUGGGUAUGGGAUCAUUUCCACCAAACCCCACCAAUGUCCACAUAUCUAGUAGCCUUCACAAUCAGCGACAUGGAGAGCAUAUCAGCCGAAAACUCCACCGGAGGACCAAUGAUCAGGGUAUGGGCGCCAAGAGCUGAUCUUCAUUUGACUAGGUAUGCUCUGGAAGUGGCCGCAGAGAUCGUACCCUUCAUGGAAGAAUAUUUUGGCGUAAAGUACCCGCUACCAAAGUUGGAUAUGAUGGCCAUACCCAACUUUGGGAAAGCUGCCAUGGAGAAUUGGGGGAUUAUAUCUUUCAGGAAGUCUUCAUUGCUGUUCGAUACAAACUCGAGAAGCAUCAAAACCAAGAGUUUCAUUUUGGCCAAAAUAGCUCAUGAAUUAUCACAUCAAUGGUUUGGAAAUUUGGUUACCAUGGAGUGGUGGUCAGACCUGUGGCUGAACGAAGGGUUUGGAACAUUCAUGGCUGAAGUCGUCAUAACAAAGCUAAGGCCUAAAUGGCACUCCUACAGCAGCAUAAAAAUUAGAGACACCUACAACACGCUGUAUGCUGACAGUCUCAAAUCGACGCACAGUAUUCAAAUGGACAUUACUAACAAUGCUCAAAUAGAACAGACCUUUGACCCAAUCAUUUAUCAGAAAGGCAGCAGUAUACUGAAGAUGUUGAAUUUCACCCUGACUGACGAUGUAUUCAGGAGAGGCUUGCAGCAGUAUUUGAAGAAAUAUGCAUACAGUUCAGCCAGUCAAGACGACCUCUGGUCGCUCUACACCCGAACAGCUCGUAACGAAAGCAUCAUCCCUGAAACGGUGACAGUCAAGGCUCUCAUGCACUCUUGGUCCACUCAAAGCGGAUACCCAAUAGUGACCAUCACUAGAGACUACGAUUCUCAAACGGCUGUGCUGAACCAGACCAAGUUCACUGAAAACUUGGAGAACACCACAUCAGACGCUCUGUGGUAUGUUCCGGUGACGUAUACCACCAAGGAAGAUAACAGGAUAAGGGUGAUAUGGUUGGAGAAUAAUAGGGAGACCAAGUUGAACCUCUCUGGAACUGGAAAUGAUUCUUGGAUCUUGCUUAAUAUUGAUGAAACAGGGUUCUACCGCGUGAACUACGAUCGUCGCAACUGGCGUUUACUGGUGAUCCAACUCCGUAAAGGUCCAGAUCAGAUCCCUGUGGCCACCAGAGGACAGCUUAUCGACGAUGCCUUCCAACUAGCUGAUGCAGGAGCAAUCAACUACACAGUUGCCUUCGAUUUGGUCAAAUACCUUUACAUCACUGAACCAAAUUAUAUACCAUGGUACAGUGCCUUGAGAAACAUGGAAGAACUCCGCUUGAUAAUCAGCAACUACGAGUACUCUGGCUUGUACGAUAACUUCAUCCUGAAGUUAGUGAAGCCCAUGUUCCAUGAUCUGGGCACCGAGCAACGACCUUACGACACCCAGAAUGAAAAGUUGAUGCGGUUGCACGUGGUGACAGCUGCGUGUCGCCUGAGGUACGGCAAGUGCAUUUCCUGGGCAAGGGAGCAGUACUUCCAGUGGAUGCAUGAAAUUGAUCCAGAUAGUAUGAACCCAAUAUCAAUAGACUACCGCUUCAUAGCACAAUGCACGGCUAUCAAGGCUGGGGGACCUUACGAAUGGGACUUCUUAUGGAACAGGACAUUAUCACCAAAAAUAUCGCCAGUCGAUCUCCAGACUGCAUAUCUGAGUCUUGGCUGUACCUACGAUCCCUGGUUGAUAAAUAGGUACGAAACUGUCAUAUUUUUGGUCAAUUCUCAAACAGUGAAUUUGCUUAAGAUCCCGAGAAAUUCCGAAUAGAAACAUAUUUUUUUAACGUUUCCAUUUCUCCCUAACAGGUGAACUUGGUGAUCAUCCAAAGGAAAUCAGACACUAAACUAUGUCAAUUUAAAAACGCUGGAGCUAAACUGUCAAAGCACAGAUACUGAUAUAAAGAAUGAGAUAUUUUUUGUUUUAGGUAUUUAGAAUAUUCCUUGGCAGGUAACGUGAGCUUGGACUAUGUUCCGUUUGUUUGGCAGUCCAUUAGGCAUCCCGUCGGUGUAAGAACAGGCUUCCAAUUCCUUAGACUAAAUUGGGACAGAAUAUACAAAACAUAUGAGGAGGUGUACUUAGUACUUAGUACCAUUUUCCAUGACUUCCUCAGCUCGCUUUCGACAGAAGUAGAUUUGGAAGACCUCACAACGUUCUACAAACUGCACCAAAAUGAUUUGAAGACAGUCUCUAACAUCUUGCAAGGGGCUGUUGACAGAAUGAAAGUCCGUAUCAAUUGGAAAACUAAGCAUCUGGAUUCUGUCGUCAACUGGUUGAGGAAGAAUAUCAGAUAAAUCAGUAUUAUUUAAGUUAGUCACUAGUAUUGAAUGUUUUAGCUGUAGCACUUAACAAUCCGAAUUUUCAGAUUUUUUGUUUCAUAGGCCGAGUAAUGGAUCAAAAUAUCAAAUGUAUUGUUGCAUUUUACCUGUAAAAAUCAGAUCUGUAAUGUGUUAUAUCAAAAGUAUGUAGAUAAAAAUAAACCAAAUAGCAUAGUGUUAGACAUAUAUGUAUUUAAGGUUUGUGAUAACUGUUUUCAUGUUUUCUUUGAAGUAUUUUAUGUUUGUUGACUUGUAAUUAUUAACUACCGUGAAUAUAUUUCUCUUUUACGAUUCAGA